AAAAAUAAAUGAACCAAAAAGAGUGGAAAUUCCAGACUUCUUCGGCAACAAGCAAAGCGAGAAAAAGCAGUCAGCUUUAAGCACAUUGACGGGAGAGAAGACAAAGGGCAAAGUAGAAGGAGAAACGAUAUCAACAACGCGGAGUCGCAUAGGAUGGAUCCGAAGCUCGCAGAGGUCUCGCAGCUCUUUGAGCGCUUCAAAGCCGCGUUCGUCAGGCACGACUUCGAUACCUGCAGCAUACUCCUCUCACAACUCAAGGUCUUGCUAACACAAUUCAGAAGCCUCCCACCACUUUUUGAAGAAGCGCCUAACGCGGUCCAUGAAUUAAGCGUAGCAAGGGAUAUAUAUGAGCAUGCUGUUGUUCUCAGUGUAAAGACUGAGGAUCAAGAUGCAUUUGAAAGGGAUUUCUUUCAAUUGAAGCCAUAUUACACGGAUGUUGGCAACUGCCUUCCAUCAUCGCCUCAGGAGUAUCCGAUCUUAGGUCUCAACUUGUUGAGACUUCUUGUGCAGAAUAGAAUUGCUGAAUUUCAUACUGAACUGGAACUUCUUUCACCCACUGCUUUGGAGAAUCCUUGCAUCAAGCAUGCAGUGGAGUUGGAGCAAUCCUUCAUGGAAGGGGCUUACAACCGUGUGUUGAGUGCUCGACAAACGGUGCCCCAUGAGACUUACGUCUACUUCAUGGAUCUUCUGGUAAAGACAGUCAGAGAUGAAAUAGCUGGAUGUAGUGAGAAGGCAUAUGAUUAUCUUUCGAUUAAUGAUGCACAACAAAUGUUGCUGUUCUCUUCUAACCAAGAACUCUUGGAAUACGUCAAAGAGGACCAUCCUGAGUGGGAGAUAAAGAAUAAGCUUGUAUAUUUCCAGAAGGCAAAAGAAUCUGCACCUUGCAAGGAAAUACCUUCUCUGCAACUGAUCAACCAGACACUCAGUUAUGCAAGAGAGUUGGAGCGGAUUGUGUAAACAGAGCUAACUGCCAAUGGUUAUUACAAUACCCCCAACAGCUGAUACCGAUUCCGCUAUUUGAAAUUUUCUUUUUCCCAAUUCAGUGCUGAACUUUAAAAAUUGUUUCAGUUUUGUAUCUGAAUUCGACCACUUCAGUGGCACAUAUUUUCAGCAUGUUUCUUGGCAAUGCCAUUCAUCUUUGCUUUGGGUUCA